CGCUCCGGCCGGCGGACUCCUCACUGGUUGCUGCGGCCACUUGGGGACGGCGCUCACCUUGGCCAUGGCUCGGCUCCUCAGCCCUGCGAGCUAGUGCCGGGGAGCAGCUGAGCUGCCCUUGGCUCUCCGGCUUUAUCCUCCAGCCUCCUUCCUUCCAUCUGUUGCUCUUUGCCGCUCCACCUGCAGAAGCCCUGCUCGGGGCACAAGGAACUUUCCUACCCGUGUGUGCAUAAAGCCCGACUUUCCCUUCCCUCGCAGCACCAUCCCUCCCUCCUUCGCCUCCUCCCCGCGGGCCGGGCGAGCUCGCAGCCCUUCUCCGCCGCUCUCCCCGCCAGCCGCCCGCCCAGGAUGAGGGUGUCGCUGCUGAGCCCGUUGCUCCUGCUGUCCCUCAGCUACAGCCCAGGCGCCGCGGAGCUCUUGGCGGCCCGAGCCAAGUGCCCGACCCGCUGCGAUGUCUCCAAGUGCCCCAGCCCCAGUUGCCCCAGCGGCUACGUCCCCGACCGCUGCAACUGCUGCCUCAUCUGCGCCGCGGGCGAGGGGGACUCCUGCGGCCGCAAGGAGGACCCGCCCUGCGGGGACAGCCUGGACUGCCGCUACCCCAUGGGCAAGCGCUUCGCCAAGGGCGUCUGUCAGUGCAAGCUCAGCGCCCAGGUGUGCGGCAGCGACGGCCGGACCUACGACAACAUCUGCCAGCUGAAGGCGGUGAGCCGCAAGGCGCUGCAGCACGGCCUGCCCGCCGUCGCCCAGGUCCAGAAGGGAGCCUGUGAAUCGGGUCACCUACAGUCCAGCAGCCCAAGAUACAAAUUCAACUUCAUAGCAGAUGUGGUGGAAAAGAUUGCACCUGCAGUUGUGCACAUUGAACUUUUCCUCAGGCACCCUCUCUUUGGUCGAAAUGUCCCGCUUUCCAGUGGAUCUGGGUUUAUUAUGUCUGAUUCUGGUUUAAUUGUGACCAAUGCCCAUGUGGUGUCAAGCACAAACGCUGUAUCAGGGAGACAACAAUUGAAAGUGCAGUUACAGAAUGGAGAUACUUAUGAAGCAACCAUCAAAGACAUUGACAAGAAAUCUGACAUUGCAACAAUAAAGAUUCACCCUAAGAAAAAAUUACCAGUAUUGUUACUGGGACACUCUGCUGAUUUGAGGCCAGGAGAAUUUGUGGUGGCAAUUGGAAGUCCAUUUGCCUUACAGAACACGGUGACAACAGGUAUCGUAAGCACCGCUCAGCGAGAUGGUAAAGAACUUGGCUUACGGGACUCAGAUAUGGAUUAUGUUCAGACAGAUGCUAUCAUCAAUUAUGGCAACUCUGGAGGACCUUUAGUUAAUCUGGAUGGUGAAGUGAUUGGGAUUAACACCUUGAAGGUCACAGCUGGAAUUUCAUUUGCUAUUCCUUCAGACCGCAUCACUCAGUUUCUCACAGAGUCGCAUGACAAACAAAGUAAAGGACUGCUCAUGCAAUCUGCAAGAAGAUCUAAGUGCAAAAGGAGUGAGCAGAGAAGUAGGAGUUUUGCCUGCCGCUUGAAUAAAAAGUGCAGGAUUCGUUUCUUCCCUCGGAGAUCUCGGUGAUAUUUUGGCUCCACUGAAAUCAGCUGCAAUGGGGAUACUCAUGUGCCAGAGAUACUCAUGUCCACAAGUGUCUGAGUACCUGACCUCUUGAUUUGGAUUUAUCAGUUCCUUUUGCCACAGUUCAUAAAUCGUAAUCACUUCUGCCUUCAGUCUGUGUUUAUUUGUCUGAUUUGUAUCUCUAUUGCUAUGAGCAUCAAUUAAAAAAAAAAAAAAAAAAAGGCAAGUUUAACAGUAAAGCAAAUACUCCUCUUAAUGUGGAACAGAGAUCUCUGUAAAUAGUGAACAGCUUCUAGAUACUUGGGAUCAGCUGUUUAUGACCUUCUAGUAACACAAAAGAGAUUUAAGUGUAAACUAGUGGUUGAGGCUGGUUUGCUUGACUUUGUACCACUGGAAUCAGUGUUUAAUCUUGCCUGGUGUUUACAAAAAUAAAAUACAAUUUGAAUAUCUCUGUUGCCCUCCACUAUGGUUUCACAUAUGUUCAACCUAAUUGUUCCAACAUAUUAACCUUCUUUUAACUACUGCUGGGACUUCUCCCUGGUGACAUGCUUCUUAGAUUUACAACCUCACUUUAUUCCAGGUCUCUUAAUUAUUUUUUCUUCUGCCUCAUGGUUGCACAAAUUGCCAGAAUGACAGGUUUUGAGAUUUGUUAUUCACAGAGCAGAUGUAAUAUGACAGUGGUGGUUGCGGGUGCCACAUACUGUUCUGCCAACGUGACUGAAGUCUGACGUCAAAAUGCCUGUCCUUUGGGAUGAUGAAAUACUACAGCUAGUUGUUUGUGCCUGUUCAGUCUCUGCUGAUACUUGUAAUAAAAUGGACAAUUAUAUUGUUGAUUUGCUUUUUGUGCAAGAUUUUUGCCUUGAAAUUGAAUGGAACAGACUUUUGCAAAACAAAGGAUGUGAAGUUUUUUACCGGUAUUCUGACAUACGAAAUGUCUGGGGGGUGGGAAGGGGAGGAAUCUAGACUCUGUGGCUAAAAUAAUCCAUAGCUUAUAGCUAUCAGUUUUACUUUAUACAAAGCUUGCUGCUGUUAUAGUAUGAACUCCUAUUUGCAGUGUGUCAAACUUAUUGUGGAAAGAUGGUUGAAGACCACGUUGAAUUUUAAUGCAUGAGCAGGGGUGAAAUAACACCCCAAACUGCCCAAAGAUGAAGGUGGAAUGAGACUUUUAGUUGUGUAAUUAGGCUGUAGUUACCAGAUAUUUGUUUUUCCCAGAGUCUUAUUUUUACAUGGAUCAUUAGCCACUGGGGAAAUAAUUCCCUUUUAGAUCAGCGGCAUUUCUGCUGUGUUUUUUCAUUCUUGUGCAAUCUCCUCCUUGCUUUUUUCUUUCUUCCAGAUCAGGUUUUUUUUUUUUUAUCCCUUUUAUAAUUUCCGUUUUUCUUUCAUGUAAACUCUCCUAACUUGGCCCCAAGAGUAUGCUUUGUGCUUCUGCGUAUUUCUGCAUCACACAGGCGAUGACCAGCAGCAAACUGUAAACUGUCACCAGAGGCUCUGUCAUGUAUGUGUCUUGUGAACACAACUUCAUCAUUAACCUGUCCACAUUGCAGGGGCAGGGGGAUUAUUUUCAGGUGUGAAACUGAUGAAGUUUGGAUAUUUUUAAAAAGUAAAAACUUAAGUGUAGACUAGACUCAUGUAGACUAGAGCAGCAAUGUGAGAGCACUAGUCCAAGGCCAUGCCCAAAACUUUUGAGACUUGAAUUUUGAGUAAGCAGACUUCUUCACAACACUUACUAUAGCUGAUUUUGAUCUCAUUACUUCCAGUUUAAAACACAGGAGAGCCAGAACAUCUCAGGGAAAAGCAGGGAUGAAAAUUACAGAUGUAAGAUUGUUCAGAGUGCAGUAAAUCCAAUGUUUAGUAGUCAACAUUUUCACUGACACUAAUGGAAAUAUUAGACAUGCGUAAGAUUCAGGACUAAUUCCUUCACUUGGGACUAUUUUUCUUGGAAAGAAGAAGAUUUAGAGGAGACACUGUACAUCUCCUUUUCAAACUUCUUCCUCACAUGAGAAUGUGGAGAAGCUCAAAGAAAUUGUGGAGUUGUUAUGUUGGAACGAGUCUGGGGAAAUAUUGUUUCAUACCGGAUAUAACUAACUACUGAAGCACUCACUUCAGGAAGUCAUCAAACUGCCUUUUUUUAUUAUUUUUUGUAAGACAGCUGUGGAACAUCAUGACUACUAAAAGCCAACUACAGAAAUGCGGUGUUGUUCCUGAAGAAGGGAAUUUUCAACAUUUAAAAUUCUGUUGAGUCCUGGAUUAAGUCCAUGGGUUUAUUUUUUUUUUACUUUUCAUUCUUUGAGGUAGAAAAAACAAGCUGUUUGCAUGAGAACUGGUGUGAGGUUUUCAGUUGUCCUUUCUCUGAAAGGUGGAAGUUUUCAUUUUAUUCAAUCCCAUUUCUAUCUUUUAAUGAGAACACCGUAUGGUUAAAUUGUCUUGACCAGAUUCAGAUGAAAUGGUAGUUGGUUAAAAAUUUUUCCAUUUGCUGAAGUUAUGAAAUAAAAAUCUGUGAUUUUUUUUUUUUUUUUUUCUGAAUUUCCUGAAGGAAAACUCUUGCAAACUGAACCCCUCUCUUGUCCUCACUUGCAGGGAGAGGGAUUGUCAUUCUCUCCACCAAGGUUCACCAAAACAAAAAAAUGACCUCAAUGUAGAUGUGUAUGAUUUCCAUUUAGUUUUGUUGGAAGCUGAUACAUCCUGUUAUAAUUGACAGAUAUUUUGGGUCAUCAAAGUAGUUAUUUUUGUCAGAGUUUGCCUAAUUUUCUUA